AUGGGUUUCACCACUACUUCCAAGGAUAUCUCCCUCCGCUACAUCCCAAAGAACAAGGACGGCCUCCCUAUAACCAACUUGUGUGCUAACUGCAAAGAUGGUAAUGGAAAAUGGUGGUACACUGAGAUCACCCUCGACUGGCAUAUUGGCGUCGACACUCCUACAGGUCGCCUUUUACUGGACUCACUGCACAUCACUCGGCACACAUCUAAAUUGGAGCUCACUGCCGGGGGGGCCGUAUUACUCUGCACCAUGGACUCGAGCUAUAACCACAGGUUAAAUGCACUGUCCUUGGAUCUGAUCUUUCAUAAUGAGGAUGGCAAGCUGGUUUAUCAACUUCCCCCCAAGAAUGUCCGGGCGCGGCUUUGCCAUCUCUCUGUGGAUGAUUCGGCUAUUCUCAAAGGUUUCGCUUUCACCCGUUAUGGGACGCUGUGUCCAACCUCUCUGGAUUUGAACAAGCAUCUUACCAAUGAAAACGGAUUGCUCAAGAAAAAGAGAGAUGGCAACUUUAGCUGGACUGCUAAGAAUGUGCACUUGGACGACAGCUGGACGUUCUGUCUUGAUUUGAUGGAUUACCACAAAAGAUGGAACGAGGGCAUACGAUGUUGGGAGCUGAUGGACCAGUGGGUUAGUAUCAACGACGAUGGAAGCCUAGUAAUGGAGGACCCCGCUGGUACCUGGGAUCUGCGGGGCCCCUUUUUCAGGCUUUUGGAAGACAUACCCGUAAUAGGAUAUAUUGUUGCUGGCAUUGAUGAGUUAGAGGGUGACCAUGACGAGGCUAUCCGUGCGGCAGCAGAAUGCACCUACGCGACCAUCGUGAUGGGCGCUGCAUUGGUCGGUGGUGCUCUUCUCGGGCCAGUUGGGGCGGCAGUCGCAUCGGGCGUCGCAGGCUAUGCUGGCAUGUAUGCUAAAGCCGCAAUCGGGCAGCACAUCAGCAAUCCUGCCAUGCGAAAUGAGGUGACAGCCAUCACCAUCUAUCGAGUUCUUACUGCGGAAUUGUUCCUGAUCGCCGGGGUCGGCAUAGGGGAAAUGUCGAGUGCUUUCAGUGAGCUGGUCGCGGAUGAACUGAUGGCUGAGGGAUUUGAUCAACUAGUGGUUGAUAUGGGGGCGAUGCUAGGUAAGAAAGGGUUGAAAUCGAUGACCAAAUAUGAUAUGAAGCAGAUCGUGAAUAAUCUUCUCGAUGCUAUUAAACAUGGCAAGUCGGAGGAUGACAUCAAACAUAUGUUUGAUGAUUAUGAGAAUGAUGGCGUGGACGUUUUGAAUCCCCCAAAACCGAGGCAACCUAGGCAACCUCCGCCUGAUGAUGAGGAUACAGACACGGAAACUAGCGGAGAAGGCUUGAUAUUCACCCGUGAUCUGCCACCAGUAAAUGAUGGCCAGGAUGACCCCUUCGAUUUGGGCAAGGGCCAUCAUGGCUGGGACGAAGGUGACGGUGAUGAGCGUUCCAAAUGGAAGCACAGGAGGGACUAUAGCGAUCUCUUGGAGCAUACAAUCGAUUUAACAGAAUCCCAAAAGAAAAUUAUCCGGAAUCAAAUGAACCUCUUGAAUGGCGGUCCAACCAAAGAUGACCCCAGCUACAUUGUCACGGUCAAUACUGACGGAUUCUAUUUGCAAAAUUGGCUGGAAAGCUCCACAUCUCACGAACUCAUAUUCCGCCUCGACAUGUCCAAAUUCCUGGCGGGCAAAGACAUUUCCAAUUCCAUUGACGACCAUACCAAUAUCAAUCUUUACACAGACGACGGAUAUACAAUGAACUUGCAUAUCUCAUUCCGCCCAUCCAAGGACAUAUUGCAUAUUUCCCAAUGGUCAAACGGUAGCUGGCAUACAGUUUGGUGGUCGCAGCUUUCGGAUGUCUUCUUUGGUAUGGAGAAAGGCAAGGAUGGCUGGCUCAGUGUGCGUGCGCUCUCUAACACGGGAGGUUACUGGUUUGAAACCUUCAAUUUGAGUGAUAAGAAUGAGCGCGUCCAUGGGGCGUUCUGGUCCGUCUUUGCGAGCGGCUCUUUCACACAGCAUAUCAAGUAUUUAGGACCAGACGGGAGUGCAUUAUUUGGUGAUAGUGUGGAGGCGUACUACGCUCCCAAGAACUGA